AUGUGCUUGAGAGUUCAAUGCGCAGUCCCCCCUUCCCAUGAGCGCAUCUACAACCCCACCCUGAACAGGAAGGGGGGACUGCGCAUUGAACUCUCAAGCACAUGGGACCCCGCCCUGCCACAGCCCAAGGGACAACGGGAAACCCUGUGCUACAAGUUCGGCAAGACCCUGUCCAAGUCUGACACUUACAAACAAUGGUUACCUCAACAAAGGGGCAAAGUCAGCGGGAGGGUUACCAGACAAAGUCACAAAUACGACCCAUUGCCAGCACUAACUGACAAGACGUCGGAGGGUGGUCUAAGCAAACGGCUGAGGACCGCCUUGAACAUUGUCCGAGGUCUGUGUAAAAAGCUGUGGACCGCCUUAACCAUUGUCCUAGUUGUGGUUGUCAUCAUUCUACAGUCAUACUUUGCAGGCCUUCCCGGAGAAAAGUGGUCCAUGGGGCCAGCUGGCUCUGUGUCUGCCGGGCCUACUGGGCCACCUGGGCCUCCAGGAGGAAAAGGACCGAUGGGACCACCUGGUCCUCCUGGCCAAAAUGGAACCUCGAUGUGUCCAAAAGUUGUCGAACCACCGAAAUAUCCUCAAAGUUCAGCCCCAAUCGAAUUGAAUAAAGCAUCUUGUCCUGAAGGUCACACCAUGUUCCGUGAAACCUGCUACAAGGCGUAUAACACCCUGGGAAGCUACGGUGACUCAAUUUUGCACUGUCGGCUGGACGGCGGCAUCCUUGCGAUGCCCAGAGAUGCUGCUACAGACGACUUCCUCAUCUCUCUCAAGAACUCCUGGAUUCGUCCUGGAGCCGGCCAAAUGAACUCCUGGAUUGAUCUCCAUGAUCGAUACAAAGAAGGAAGCUUCGAGUGGAUCGAUGGUACUGCACUUGGGAGCUUCAGUCUAUGGCGUCAUGGAGAACCAAAUAAUCUUUUAAAUGUGGAAGAUUGCGUCCAAUACUUGGAAGACAAGUGGAAUGACAGUGACUCUAACACUCUGCGUCUCUUCAUAUGCCAAGUGGCACCAGGACGUCCAUAAGCGACAGGCCGAGCUCUCAUCACCUGUGUUAAACAGCAGUGACGUUCAAGAAGUCAGUGGUAAAAUACAAG